CUCCUUCUUCCCCACCACUUCAGAGUGACCAGCCCAGAGCAGCUGCUUGAACCAUGAAGCUGGUGGCAGUCCUCAUGCUGACCGCCCUCCCCCUUUACUGUUAUGCAGGGAUUGGAUGCAAUCUUUUGGAUGAGGUGGUCAAUAUGACCAUUGAUCCUGAUGUGAACGUGACUCAAUACAUCGAUAACCUCAAAGAGUUCUUACCAGGUGAAGAAACAGAAAAGGCCUUCAUAUUCAUGAAGGAAUGCUUUCUCCAUCAGAGCAGAGAAACUCUGGAGAACGUCCAAAAGCUACAGCAAGCAAUAUACAGUAGCUUUUGGUGUGCUCGGUACUAACUUCCACACGACCUCAGAGAUUGUCCACAAACCGACUGUUCACAGGUAGAAGCCACAGCUCAGCUUUCCUUCUUUUCUUGGAUCUCCAAAAGCAAGACAAUUGUUGAAA